AUGGGCGUGUGUUGGGGUGCGGUGGUGCGGGUGCUGUUGCUGCAGGCGGGGUGGGCGUUGGGCGUCGGGCAGGUGCGGUACUCGGUGCCGGAGGAAGCGAAGGCCGGGACGGUGGUGGGCCGGCUGGCGCAGGACCUGGGCCUGGAGGCGGGCGAGGCGGAGGCUUGGCGGCUGCGGCUGGUGGCGCAGGGCCGGCGGGCGAGCGUGGAGGUGAGCGGGGCGAGCGGGGCGCUGGUGGUGAGCUCGCGGCUGGACCGGGAGGAGCUGUGCGGGAAGAGCGCGCCGUGCGCCCUGCGGCUGGAGGUGCUGGUGGAGCGGCCGCUGCGCGUCUUCCACGUGGAGCUGGAGGUCACCGACAUCAACGACAACGCCCCGCUCUUCCCCGCCGCCCGGAAAAACCUCAGCAUCGCGGAAUUCACCACGCUGCCGGGCUCUCGGUUCCCGCUGGAGGGCGCGUCGGAUGCAGACAUCGGAGCCAACGCGCAGCUCUCCUAUACACUCAGCCCCAGCGAGCAUUUUGGUUUGGAAGUGAAAACCAAAGACCAAACCAAAAUCUCCGUAGUCCUCGUAUUAACGAAAUCUCUGGACCGCGAGACGAUGCCUGUGCACCGGUUGGUGUUGACGGCGAGUGACGGGGGCCGGCCGCCGCUGACGGGCACGAUGGAGCUGGUGAUCUCGGUGCUGGACGUGAACGACAACGCGCCCCAGUUCAACCAGUCGGUGUAUAAAGUGGAGCUGCCGGAGAGCGCUGCUGCGGGAACCGUGUUUCUACAGCUAGCAGCGACAGACAAAGAUGAGGGGAUUAAUCGGGAAAUAUAUUAUUCGUUUAGCGACACGAUUUCUGCCAAAGUUCAGAACUUGUUCAUAAUUGACAGAAAAUCCGGGGAAAUACGGACUGCCGGUGUACUGGAUUUCGAGGAGGUUCAGUCGUAUGACCUGGAGAUCGAAGCGAGAGACAAAGGUUGGCCCCCGCUGUCGGGUCACUGCAGCGUGGAGCUGGAGGUGGUGGACGUGAACGACAACGCGCCGGAGGUGUGGGUGACGUCGCUGUCGGUGCCGGUGCCGGAGGACGCGUCGGUGGGGACGGUGGUGGCGCUGCUGAGCGUGUCGGACCGGGACUCGGGGGCGAACGGGCGGGUGCGGUGCGCGGUGUGGCCGCCGGCGCCGUUCGGGCUGGUGGCGAGGUUCGCGGGCUCGUACUCGCUGGUGCUGCGGGAGGCGCUGGACCGGGAGCGGGUGUCGGAGUACGAGGUGGAGGUGCGGGCGGAGGACGGCGGGGCGCCGCCGCUGCGCGGCAGCCGCGGGGUGCGGGUGCCGGUGUCGGACGUGAACGACAACGCGCCGGCGUUCGCGCAGGCCGUGUACACGGUGCUGGCGCGGGAGAACAACGCGGCGGGCGCGGAGCUGGCGCGGCUGUGGGCGCGGGACGCGGACGAGGCGGGGAACGGGCGCGUGAGGUACUCGGUGGCGGAGGGCGUGGGCGGGGGCGCGGGGGCGGGCGGGGGGUGGCGGGCGGCGUCGAGCUACGUGUCGGUGGACGCGGAGAGCGGGCGCGUGUGGGCGCUGCGUCCGUUGGACUACGAGGAGGUGCAGGUGCUGGAGUUCGAGGUGCGGGCGGUGGACGCGGGGGAGCCGCCGCUGUGCGGCAACGCCACGGUGCAGCUCUUCGUGGUGGACGAGAACGACAACGCGCCGGCGCUGCUGCCGGCGCCGGGCGUCGGGCCGGGGCCCGGGGCGUCGGGCUGGUCGUCGUCGGGUCCGGUCUCGGGGGCGCUGUGGGCGUGGGCGGCGUGGGGGGCGCCGGCGGGGCAGGUGGUGGCGAAGAUCCGGGCGGUGGACGCGGACUCGGGCUACAACGCGUGGCUGCGCUACGAGCUGUGGGAGCCGCGGGGGAAGGGCCCGUUCCGCGUGGGGCUGUACAGCGGCGAGGUGAGCACGGCGCGGGCGCUGGAGGAGGCGGACGGCCCGCGGCAGAGGCUGGUGAUCGUGGUGCGGGACCACGGGGAGCCGGCGCGCUCGGCCACGGCCACGCUGAGCGUGUCGCUGGUGGAGGGCGCCGAGGCGGCGCUGGCGGCCGCGGGCUCCUCGUCGUCGUCGUCGUCGUCGUCGUCGGGAGCGGGGCUGCGGCCGGCGGCGGGCGCGGAGGGCGGCGCGGCGGCGGCUGCGGCGUCGGCGUCGGCGACGAACGUGUGGCUGGUGGUGGCCAUCUGCGCGGUGUCGAGCGUGUUCGUGCUGGCGGUGGUGCUGUACGGGGCGUCGCGGUGGUCGCCGCGGGCGGCCGUGGUGUCGGGGCCCGGGCCGGCGACGCUGGUGUGCGCCAGCGAAGUGGGGAGCUGGUCGUACUCGCAGCGCCAGAGCCGGAGCCUGUGCGUGGCGGACGGCGCGGGCAAGAGCGACCUGAUGGUUUUCAGCCCCAACUUCCCGCCGCCGCCCGGCCCCGCGGCGAAGGAGACGCAGCCGGAGCCGCCCGCUCUCCUGGACACGGUCAGUGGCCCUCCCUUUCUGGCCUCUCGCCCCUUCGCCCUUCUUCUCGGUCUCCCUCCGCCCUUCUUCGCGGUCUUCGUUCUGGCCCGCCGCCUGGGCAGGCGCUGGUGGGAGGCGGGCUCAGCCCGCGGGGCCUGCGGGCGGUGGGUGCUUGGCGGGUGCUCAAGGGUGUUCACGGCACCUUUGCAUCUGCCUCCGCGUCCUUGCCGGAGCCCCUCGGCUCUCGCUGUGGGGGGAAACUAG